GGAGGAUCCGGUCGAACCGAAACGUGCGAAGGGCCUGUGCGUCGGAAGCAAAUUUGGGAAGCGGCGCGGCGGGCGGUCCGCAACCCAAUUUCGCGGGGCGUGGACAAACUGCAAGGUUGUCAUUAGCGUAUAUAAAUUGGAAACGUGCACCUAAUUCGGUAUCACUUGUUCGGGUUUGCACAGAACAGCGACAAGGUCUUAACGAAAUGAACGCAAUCGUCAGUGCUCUCGUUGUCUUGGGUGCCGUGGCUUUCGCCCAGGCAGGCCUCAUCGCCCACGGUGGCCUGGUGGCCGCCCCUUUGGCCGUCCGCCUCGUCGGCGAAGGUCAUGGUUUGGAAGGCCAAUACGUACCAGAGGGCACGGAGAAACUGUACGACGACGGUUCCUAUAAGCCUCAGCUGAGAGCAAUUCCGUUGGCAGCCUCCCCUUACGGUUUGACUCCAGCAGGUUCAGGCCUUGAAGGCGCGUACGUGCAGGACCUUAACGAGAAGCUCUACGAUGACGGUUCGUACAAACCGGAAGCCAGAGCCGUUCCAUUGGCAGAAUCUCCUUACGGUUUGACUGUCGCCGGAUCAGGACUCGAAGGAGCUUACGUGCAAGACCUCACCGAGAAGCUCUACGACGACGGCUCGUACAAGCCCGAGCUCAGAGCUGUCCCAUUAGCCGAAUCACCGUACGGCUUGACCGUCGCAGGUUCCGGUCUUGAGGGAGCUUACGUGCAAGAUCUCACCGAGAAAUUGUACGACGAUGGUUCUUACAAACCCGAACUUAAGCACUAAUUAGUUAAGCGUUAGGAUAUACGUUGUAAAUAAAUAGUUUAAUUCGAUA